CCGGCCGCAGGUCCGCAGCUUCCUCCGCUGAUGUGCGCAAAAGUGAAAGCGGCUCCAUGAUGCUGUCUGUCUCCGCUGCUGGAGUCCUUCUGCUGCUAGCUUGGAUUCAUCCAGGCGACGGACUCUACUUCCACAUAGGAGAGACGGAGAAGAAAUGCUUCAUUGAGGAAAUCCCGGAUGAGACCAUGGUUAUCGGGAAGUACAGGACUCAGCUGUGGGACAAACAGACCAGCUCCUUCCUCCCGUCCACCCCCGGCCUCGGCAUGCACGUCGAGAUCAAGGAUCCGGACACGAAGAUCAUUCUUUCUCGUCAGUAUGGGUCAGACGGACGCUUCACUUUUACCUCCCACACUCCUGGAGAACAUCAGAUCUGUCUGCACUCCAACUCCACCAAGAUGGCUCUGUUUGCAGGAGGGAAACUGCGAGUGCAUCUGGACAUUCAGGUGGGAGAACACACCAACAACUAUCCUGAAAUCGCAGCGAAGGACAAACUCACCGAGCUGCAGCUACGAGUCCGACAGCUGCUGGAUCAAGUGGAGCAGAUCCAGAAGGAGCAAAACUACCAGAGGUAUCGUGAAGAGCGGUUCAGAAUGACCAGCGAGAGCACCAACCAGCGCGUCCUCUGGUGGUCCAUCGCUCAGACGCUCAUCCUCAUCGUCACCGGCAUCUGGCAGAUGAAGCACCUGAAGAGCUUCUUCGAGGCCAAGAAACUGGUGUAACGUCCGUUUGUGCAGCUGCAGCGUCGGGAAACGACACAAACACGAGCAGACGGACUCGACUCGCCGGAAAAUGAAGACGCGUGGUCCUACCGUCAGCCAUAAAUGGUACUAGCAAACCUACAGAUGCUGUUUUCCAACCUGGGCAAUGUGUUUUUUUCCCCCCUUGUACACUUUUUAGGUUUUCCACAGUAGCACAACAUUCCAGCCGCCUUUAGGUUGUGUUUCUCGACAACACUGGACAUGUCAUCUCUCCAUCCUCACGUGCAGGAAAAAGCUGCUUUUUGUGAUUAUGUUGAAUGUUGAAGCUGUUACAAGUAAGAACCCACUAGUUUAUUUACAUUUGUUUGGUCAUGGUUAGCGUUACAUAUAGUUUUAUUUAUAGGUUUUGUAAAGUCUAACCAUCAAGCUUUCAGCACUUAUGCAAACAUUACACUGGCCUUGAUUGCUAACGUGUCCAUUUAAAUUUAGUAACACUUCAACCCUCUGAACCCCAAGCACUUUCUGGGUGUCUUUAUUUGUUCACCGUUGGCUCAUUUUUCACUCUAAUAUAAAGUCCUGCAGCUCCAUGGAAACAUCACAACCAUGACUAGAAGUAGAAACAACUCAAAAAUAAAUCAUAAAAACAUUUAACUUGAAUUUCUUUGAUUAUUUAUUUUUAAAAAAAUUGAAUAAAAAUGGAAGCAACAUGUAAAACAUUUUUCAAAGUGCCCACAUUGGAAUUUUUUUUUUUUGUUACAUUCUAAAUAAUUAUUUACGUUUUUAUUUUUUCAUAUUUGUCUCCUCUCUGUUCUGUGUAAAUGCAGUUCAGCUAAGAAAUCCCUGAAUUUUUGUCCUGUGGCUGUUGCUCACAGCUGAGUCACUGUUGGCUUCAUAGUUGUGCCAAGUAGGUCAGAAUUUUUUUUAAAAUUUUUUUACAGAAUCUGGUUACUGUAAAUGGUUUGGUUUUUGCAAAGAUUUUAAACACUGCAUGUAAAGUGGUUUUGACGACAUAAUUUUAAGCACAGAUUUGGAUAACGACAGAACAACGCAUCAGAAAGGAUUUGUUCGAGGACUGUUGUAAAGCUAAAAAUCCAAUAGUUGUUUCUGUUUCCACGCUAUCUGGCUUUCACGAAGGGUCUACUUUUGGCAGGUCUGUUUGUUUUGUUUGUUUUUUAUUUUAAGAUAACAUGCCUUUUAAACCUGCCGGCAGGUUUUGGGGUUCAGAGGGUCAAAGGCCACAUUUCACAUUUACAAGCAGCAUAGAAACUCUUCAUAAAUGCUAUAAAACCGAUGAUACCGCAGCAUCAGGGAGACUUUGAAGCAUCUAACAGUGUAUUUUUCAACAUUAUAAACCUCUUAUGAAGCGUUUGUAACUGUCGAAUGAACACUUAAAGCAGGGAUGUCAAACUCAUUUUAAUUCAGGGGCCACAUUCAGCCCAAUUUGAUCUCAAGUGACCCGCACCAGUACAAUCACAGCAUAAUAACCUCUAAAUAACCACAGCUCCAGAUUUUUCCUUUGUUUUAGUGUAAAAAAAGGUACGUUUUGGCAAAGUUCACAUUUAAGGAGUUAUCUUUUUACGAAACGUCAUGAGCAACUUGAAAUUUCUGAAGAAAACAACAAAAUUAUGCCUCAGUUUAUCAUUUACACAUUACAACUUCCAGAUCACAGUGUCUACAAAGGAAAACAACAUUUAGUCACAGCUAUCUGGAACUGAACAAUGUAGUAUUUUACUUUAUAAUCAAAACAACAAAAGCCAGACAAAAAAAACAACAAAAAUGACACAAAAUGUUACAAAAAUGAGACAAAAAAGUUACAAAGCUAAAAGAACGAGACAAAAAAAUGACAAAAGCGAGAAAACGACAAAAAAAAUAGACAACGCAAGUGGGACUAAAAGUAGAAAACAACAAAAAUGAUGCUCAAAACAGCACAAAUAAAGCAAAACACAAAAUGACAAAAACAAGACAAAAAACGCAAGACAAAAAGGGAACACAAAAAUGAGAAACAAGAUGACAAAAACAACAAUGUGCCAUGUCGUAUUUUACUUUAUGAUCGAAACAACUCGUCAGGAUCUAGAAAUUAUUUUAAACUUAUAGUUUUACAAAUUUAGAAUUUACAGUUGAUAUCUUCUCAGUAAUUUUUACUCUUUACAAAGUUGUCCCACUGGCCGGAUUGGACCCUCUGGUGGGCCGGUUUUGGCCCGCGGGCCGCAUGUUUGACACCCCUGACUUAAAGACGAGGAAGAAUCUGGAUUGCCGAUGAAAUCACAAUGUGAGGGAUAACCUUCAUGAAGAGUGUUCACUGUCUACAGUUUGGUCAAUAUUUGUGCAACACUUGGAGCAACAUUAGCAUCCAUUUGGAGUCACAUUUGUGUCCACCUGAUAAUGUAAGACUAAAUAUUUAUUCUUAUUUUAGCUCCGUUUUUGGUCUCAACCAUCAGCGACAUUUUUUGUUCAUCUGCUAGUUGUUUGUGUGCAUUAAACUAAACACAACUGCCUUCAGCUAGUUGAGUCAAUAACUACUAUUGAUUUUCAAGCUGCUAGUAUUCCAUCUGUUGUCUAUACUCUUGGAGUUAACCAUGCUAUCAUGGCAGCUUAUGUUUCUGCAGUUUCCCCCCACAUAUUUACUUCAGGUCUUUAUUUAUUGAAGUAUAAAUCAUUUUAGUAGACUCUGGUGUCAGUCUAUAAUUGCUGUAACAACAUCAGCAAAUAAAAUUUCUUGUGAUUUUAAGCUUUCUUCGUAGUCUGGUGUGUAACUAUCAUUAACAGUAUCAGCUAUAGAAUGUUUUUCAAACAGAAUUACACUCUAAAGGAAUAAUAUAGUUAAUAUUCCGUUAAAGUGAAACAUUGGAAUCAAAGAAGAUAUGGACAAAUGACAGGCUUCAAAGACGAGAGAAGAGAGGUUUGUUUUGGAGGCUUUGGUAGAUUUAGAGCUGUCACUGAAACAGGAAAUGCUAUUUUAAGAUGUAGAUUUACAUUUCAGUUUUUGGUUGAAUACCAUCGUCUUUUUUUAAAUGGGAAUUUUGAUCCCCAAAGUUUUCCAUAUGGUUGUUUGUUCAAAACUCAUGCAAAUACACCUGGAGCUCUAAGGUUCGUUCACAGUUUUACCCAAAGGUUUCAGCUGCAUCGUAUGGAACGAAGGGGGGAGAAGUAUUUGCAAAAAGUCAUACAUUAAUAAAGGAAUAAUCAUCAUAAUUCAGGUAUGUUUCAGGUCUCGAUCAAACUAGAGAAAUUAUUUGAAAUGUCAAAAGUAGAUUUUAAUGAAUACCUGCAGGGGACUGGCACUUUUUGCCCUAAUAUAUGUUUUUUUUGUGCAACUUAUUUCACCACAUUUCCAAAAUAAUUGGAAAUAAAGUGGGUUAAAAUAAACUGAAAUUGUCAUUAACAUGCAAUUACUUAUUUUGUUUUCAAAUAAUAUUGUUCUAGAUGCUUCACAGAAGAUCUGUUGACUGAUAAUAAACACUAAGAACUACAUUAAAGUGUGUAUGCUGCUUCUAAAUGUGAAACUAAAGUGUUAAUUCACCAUCCAUUCUUCUGCAAACUGUGUAUAAUUUCUAGCUCACCAGAAAAGCCUGUAGAUACAGUUUGUGAUAUUAAAACCAGGAUUUUAUGUUGUAAAUAAAUGUCCUGUUCAUUUUCUAAUGCCUUUUACACAGAUUGAAUGAGAUAAAAGUGUUUUUCUGUCAUGUCGUGUUUAACCGGAGCUUAUUUAUUGAGCGGUCGCAGAGCGUUUUGUUGCCUCGUUUGCUGUUAUUUCUGGUUAAAUUUGUCAAUGAAGGACAGCGGUUUAAUCAUUCUAAUUCAAUCAUGAGUAGGAUCUUCAUUUUUUACAUGCAAAGUUUAGAUUUCAGUGCAGUUCUUUAGAUGUUUAGUUCAAUUACCAAUGGAAAUAUUCACAUUUUUACUGUCAUCUCCAUGUGCUUAAUAAAGAAACUGGCCAAACUAG